GGAGGUAGCGAGGCAACAGCUGCCAGUGAAUGAUGCUUUGUCCUUCCAAACAGCACGUCCAACUCAUGCAUGGUCCUAUUCUUUCAUCUUCACUCUCACGUCGGUCAUCUUAGGAAUUCCUAGACAUUUGCAGGCCUGACACGUCCAGCUACCAGACAUUAACCCCGCGUACCCCGCAUUCACGCUCUGGACGAGCAGAAGAAGGAUUCACCGAGGUUGAGCUUGAUCAACUCCACGACGAUGACCAGCAUGAAUACCUAUCAUACCGGCAGCAACAGUCUGAGCCUCUUCUAGCAUCUUCAACUGGCUCUGCAUUUGGCGCCCCUGCCUACCGCAGCCGUGGUGACGAUGAAGGGUCAAAGAAACAAUGGUUCAAGCCGCUUCCAACUGUGAAGGGUGCACUGAAAAAUGGACCCCUACUGAUAGGAUCACUACUUGCCCUUUUACUUUUCGCGCUUGUGCUGCUCUCUGUAAAGCGUCCGGAUACGCUGGAUAGAGUGGUCGGCUAUAAUGCUCCCGUAGAAGAGGUUGUGGAGGCAGUGUCUCCUCCUGCUCCGUCGCCAUCUAUUGUGGAGACCGUACCGCCCCCAGGUCAUCUCAUAUCUUAUGAGAAUUACACCACGUUCCCACUCACUGGUACGCAAUACCGCGACGAGUGUGACAAGCUCAUGAGUGGAUUCAUGCACCACACUGGAACUUAUUGGUCCGCUCCCAAACAUGGCGUCAUGGAUGUUAUUCAUCAUGACGACGUUACGGACUAUCAACUUCCGGAGCACGAACCUACCAGAGUUUGCAGCAAGACCAUCACUUAUCAGCUCGAUGGUCAUGUCGGACUGCUGGCUGAUCUGUCUCUUAUGGCUCAGGUAGCUGGGUUGGCGCGAGAGCAAAAUCGGACGUUCUUCGUAGACGAUACGUACUGGAAUCGUGGAAAAUGGAUAGACCAUUUUCAGGAUGUUCGCGCACGGCAACCUGGUCCAGAAGACGGUUGUCGGGGACCUCCCCCAGAAGAAUUGGUCGCGUGUCCUCGUCAAGCAAGGCAUUGGGUCAUCAAUUCUAGGACGGCCAAAUUUCAUCUCGGCCACCCUUUCUUGGAAGAGUACCAAGAUCCGUAUGGUCAUGAGUUAAACAGGAUGAAACCGAUUCUUGAGCGAGCUCGGGAAUCUUUCCAGAAAACGAUCCGUCCAAAUGCCCACAACGCCGCAUUGAUUCGUGCUGCUCGGUUAGAGAUAGCUUCUGUUCUUUCGCUCCCAGAGCAUGAGCGUCCAUUAGACGAAGACCCAGUCAACGCAGACCCGGAGACCAUUCUGACGAGACACCACCCCGAUCCGUACCUCGCAGUCCAUAUUCGACAGGGGGACAAGAUGGCUUCCAAUUUCCCACAUCGCGGUUCACACAUCCCAAUAGAUGACUUUGUCUCUGCAGUACACGAGACUUGGUCAAGAUUAUUCGACAACAAGUUGACGUCAUCAGACUCGACGCAUUUCCCAUCCGCUCCUAUAGCAUACAUUGCUUCCGAUUCACCGACUGCAGUGGAUGAAAUCAUGAACGCCUUCCCAUCAUCAGCUGCAAUGUUCUCCUUGCAGACCAGUACGAACUCUGACUUACGUUCGCUGGCGCCGCAGCAUGAAUAUGUUCAAAAGGAGUUUAAUGAGGAGUCGGAAGAAGAGAGGAUCAGGCUUACGAGAGGUAUGAUCGUUGACUUUGCGCUACUCAGCGGCUUUUGGACUUGGGAAGGAGAGGUUGUACCAGGUGCUACUAUCUGCACAUUGACCUCGAGCAUAUGCAAGAGUAUUGCCAUUGGACUCGGCUUUGAUCGUGCUUUUGGUUUCGGUGACGGAGGAAACCAUUACAUGGGAGACGUUGAUGAUGAACACAAACGUUGGGUAGAGUUGGAUAAUAAGGGACGGGUUAGCCCGGAGUGGGCAGCUUUUGAUCUUUUCUAGAUUACGUAUAUAUUCGCUUUGCUGUCAUUUGCUUUCUCCUGCAUACGUUUUUGCGUUUUGGUCAUGGACAUGAUGUAUACUAUUACAAUACGAGGAUAGACUGAAGUUGUGGUCACAUGGGG